AUGUUUGAGUUGAGCAGCAAACAAUUGCUGUACUUUACGAGCAUUUUCGUGUCGUUAGGGGUGUUUCUAUUUGGCUAUGAUCAGGGUGUGAUGAGCGGCGUCAUUACCGGUGUGUAUUUCAAGGACUAUUUCGAUCAGCCGUCGCGGUCGCUUAUCGGCACCAUGGUGUCGGUUCUAGAGAUCGGCGCUCUGGUAUCAUCGCUGGUGGUGGGACGACUAGGUGACAUUCUCGGUCGCAGACGAACAAUUCUUUGGGGAGCCGUCAUUUUCGUCAUCGGCGGCACUUUCCAGACCCUCGCGCCGACUAUGACGUAUAUGAUUAUCGGUCGGGUUAUUUCCGGCCUGGGUGUAGGUAUGCUGUCGACAAUUGUGCCGGUGUACCAGUCCGAAAUUUCCCCACCACACAACCGCGGAAAGCUUGCCUGUAUCGAAUUCACGGGCAACAUUGUGGGCUACUGCGUUUCGGUUUGGGUCGACUACUUCUGCUCGUUCAUUGAGGGCGACCUUUCAUGGCGCCUUCCUUUAUUUAUACAAUGUUUGAUGGGAGCCCUGCUGGUUGCUGGCUCGUUGGUGAUUGUAGAAACGCCAAGAUGGCUGAUCAACCAUGAUAGAGACACUGAGGGUAUGCAUGUGUUAUCAAGACUCUAUGGCGAUGGAACUGGAGAGUGUCAAGUUGCCCGGGCCCAGUUCCAGGAAAUCAAAGAAACUGUGCUUCUCCAUCGAAUGGAGGGCAAACAUUCCUACGCAUACAUGUGGCGAAGGUAUCGCAAACGAGUUCUUAUCGCCAUGUCUUCUCAAGCGUUCGCCCAACUCGACGGUAUCAACGUCAUUUCAUACUACGCCCCGCUAGUUUUCGAGCAGGCCGGAUGGGUAGGUCGCUCUGCUAUUCUCAUGACAGGAAUCAAUGGUAUUAUUUAUGUUUUAAGCACUAUACCUCCGUGGUAUCUUGUCGAUAGAUGGGGUCGUCGAAAGAUCCUGAUUUCAGGCGGAAUUGUCAUGGCAAUUUCUUUGACUAUGAUUUCCUAUUUCAUGUUUUUGCAGGUUUCUUCUACGCCGUCUUUCGUCGUGUUGUUUGUGAUUGUAUACAACGCAUUUUUCGGCUACUCAUGGGGACCCAUUCCUUGGCUAUAUCCACCCGAGAUUCUGCCCUUGUCAAUCCGGGCGAAAGGUGCGUCUUUGUCCACUGCAUCUAACUGGGCCUUCAACUUUCUUGUUGGGCUUGUCACCCCCGUUUUGCAGAGCUCAAUGGGCUGGUCUAUGUAUUUAUUACCGGCGUUUUUCUCCCUGUGUUCCGUCAUCCUGGUCUACUUCGUAUAUCCUGAGACCAAGGGUGUUACACUCGAGGAAAUGGACUCAAUCUUUGACGAUCGGACUCAUCGGUCAAAUACCUCGCUACGAUCUGAUAUAGAGCCAAUGCUCCCAGAUCGUGCUCAUUCGCCCACCCGCCCCAGCGCUGCCCAAAUGGCUCGUAGUGGAAGCGGGAAUUAUCGGCGUCUGAGUACUAGCAGUGCUUUAAGUGAUAGCUAA